AUGAGAUGCAUCCAAGCCUUCAGUGCCGUGGUUCUCCUCCUCACUUUGUUUACCAUCUUCUUCUCAUCCUUUCACCUGGGGACCACCUACAGCCACCAGGAUCAACAUCUUAGCCACCAGGAUCCACUGAAGCCUCUUGGCCACCAGGAUCCACUGAAGCCUCUUGGCCACCAGGAUCCACUGAAGCCUCUGAACCAGCAGGAUCCACUGAAGCCUCUGAGCCACCAGGAUCCACUGAAGCCUCUGAACCACCAGGAUCCACUGAAGCCUCUGAGCCACCAGGAUCAACCUCUGAACCAGCAGGAUCCACUGAAGCCUCUGAGCCACCAGGAUCAACCUCUGAACCAGCAGGAUCCACUGAAGCCUCUGAACCACCAGGAUCCACUGAAGCCUCUGAGCCACCAGGAUCCACUGAAGCCUCUGAACCAGGAUCCACUGAAGCCUCUGAGCCUCCAGGAUCCACUGAAGCCUCUGAGCCACCAGGAUCAAUCUCUGAACCAGCGGGAUCCACUGAAGCCUCUGAGCCACCAGGAUCCACUGAAGCCUCUGAACCACCAGGAUCCACUGAAGCCUCUGAGCCACCAGGAUCAACCUCUGAACCAGCAGGAUCCACUGAAGCCUCUGAGCCACCAGGAUCCACUGAAGCCUCUGAACCACCAGGAUCCACUGAAGCCUCUGAGCCACCAGGAUCCACUGAAGCCUCUGAGCCACCAGGAUCAACCUCUGAACCAGCAGGAUCCACUGAAGCCUCUGAGCCACCAGGAUCCACUGAAGCCUCUGAACCAGCAGGAUCCACUGAAGCCUCUGAGCCACCAGGAUCCACUGAAGCCUCUGAGCCACCAGGAUCCACUGAAGCCUCUGAGCACCGAGGUCCACGACAGCGGUGUGAAAACGCCAUCCUCCGAGCAGGAAAGCUUCACGCAGCCUGACCCUGUUGAUGUGCUCAAUGUGUCUGUGUCUGAAGACCUCAGGAAGACCAUCCCUAAAAAUGGAGCGUACUGGAACCGCCUGCUGUACUUGGCCCUUAGCAUUCUGGACCAGGGGAAACUGGCUCUCAGAGGAGACUGGUCAAACUGCAGGGAGACGAAUGGGGAGCGGCUGCAAACCAACGUGGACGACCUGGCCUCCUACCCUGUCUUGUUGCAGGACUUCUUGCAGGGCAUGAACUGCAGCGCCUCUCCAGUCCUCAUCGAUCAACCCAGCAAGUGCAGCUCAGGUCCAGAGGACGGAAACGACCAAACCUUCCUGUUGUUCGCCAUCAAGACAACUCCCGGGAACUUUGAGGGGAGACAGGCGGUGCGGGACACCUGGGGCAAAGAGAAGGUGUAUCGGGGGGGCCUGAGGGUCCGCACCGUGUUCCUCCUGGGUACCCCCCCGCCGGACGCCAUCGACCUCAGCACAUUGGUCUCAUUGGAGGCCAAACACUUCGGGGACAUUUUGCAGUGGGAUUUCCAAGAAUCCUUUUUUAACCUGACGCUGAAAGGGAAUAGUUUCCUCCAGUGGACACUAACAAACUGUCCUCAGGCCUCCUUCAUCUUCAGUGGGGAUGAUGAUGUAUUUGUCAACACACCAGCAAUGCUCAGAUUCCUGAAUUCUCUGCAGGCUUCUCAUGCAUCUCACUUGUAUGUUGGACACGUCAUAAGGACAGCAAGUCCCCAUAGGGACCCCAACAACAAAUACUACAUUCCUAUGAGCUUCUAUGAUGGCCCGUACCCUGCUUAUGCUGGUGGAGGUGGUUUUGUCGUCUCUGGAGAGUUGCUGAAGUCUCUAUAUUAUGUUUCUCGUUUCAUUCCCUUCUUCCCCAUCGAUGAUGUCUACACUGGGAUGUGCGCUCAGGCACUGGGAGUUUAUCCUGAGGCACACCCAGGCUUUCAGACCUUUGACGUCAAGGAGCAGGAUCGUGGGAAUUUGUGUGUCCAUAAAGGUCUUAUAAUGAUCCACCAGCGCUCGCCAACGCAGAUGAAGAAGCUGUGGAAGGGCAUUAACAGCCCCCUGUUGACAUGUUGA